GACAGCUGUUUCUCCCCGUUCCGUGUUAUUAUUGCUCGUUAUUGAAAGUUUAUUGAUUAAAUUAAUAAACGGAAACUAUUCUCCUUUUGCUCUUAGACGGUGAGCGCGUGCUGCUCACGUGCGUCACGGCUCGUGGCGGAUUAUCAGGACCGGGUCUAAGCAGGACCGGGUCUGGGGGUCCAUGGAGAAGUUCGGGAUGAGUUUUGGGGGGACGAGCAGGAAGGACCUGCUGGAGACCAUCGAGGCCCAGAAGAAGCAGCUGGUCCAGUACCAGACCCGCUUCAGGGACGUGGUCCAGGCCUACAAGAGUCUGCUGAAGGAGAAGGAGGCUCUGGAGUCCAGCCUGCAGGUCCUGACCGGGUCCAGCCUGCAGGUCCAGACCGGGUCCAGCCAGCAGGUGCAGACCGGGUCCAGCCUGCAGGUCCAGACCGGGUCCCAGCAAGCGGAACCCCAGGACCCCCCAGAUGACCGCAGCUCCCCCCACAGCGAGGCCUCCGUGGACUCCCCAGAGACCGCCAGAGACCAGACCGAGGAGGACCACGGAGGACCGGGAGGACCCCCCAGACCAGAGACCGGCGGCUGUGAGGGCGGGGGGGCGGAGGACCAGCAGGCCGCCCCCCCAGGCGGCUCGGAGGCGGACCGCAGAGUCGCUCAGCUGAAGAACCAACUGAGCACGCUCAGCGGAGCCGUCGCCACGGUGACGCAGGAGAAGUCCCGCAUGGAGGCCGGUUUCCAGGCCGACCGGCGGCAGCUGAGACAGGAAGUGGAGGAUCUGCAGGACCGGCUGGUCGCCAUGACGACGCAGCACGAGACCGAGACCCGGAUCCUGCAGGACCAGCUGGCGGAGAGCCGAGCCCGGAUCAUCACCCAGCAACACGACCGAGAACUGGAGCAGCGAGACCACGUCCUGCAGCUCCAGGAGCUCACCAGGAUCCUCCAGGACCAGGACCAGGACCAGGCCAGACCGGAUCCCAGAGUGGACCAGCUGCAGAGAGAACUACUGGACCUGAAGAACCAGAUCCAGGACCAGGUCCACAGCGAGACCAGGAGGGCGUGCCAGGCGGAGGAGCGUGCACGUGAGCGCGCUCAGGCUGCAGAGCUGCGUGUCGCCGGUCUGGAGCAGCGCCUGUCCGAACUGUCGGAGCUGCUCGGGUCCAGCGAGAAGACCAAGCAGCGAGACCAGCAGGUGGUCCAGAGGCUCCGGGACCGGAUCCUGCAACUCGACACCGAGAACAAGAUGCUCGCCAUGGCGACGGCCGGCAGGGCGACCUCCGACCCCGACGAGGCCCAGCUGGACGUGGCGGCGCUGAAGGAGAAGAUGGAGAAGGUGAAGAAGCUGCUGCUGCUGGCGGCCCAGAAGAACCCGGACCAGGCGCCCCUCAUCCUCAAACUGGCCCAGAGCGAACCGGUCCAGCAGGAACCGGGCCAGCAGGAGGCGGUCCAGCAGGAGGCGGGCCAGCAGGAGGCGGGCCAGCAGGAGGCGGGCCAGCAGGAGGCGGGCCAGCAGGAGCUGCAGCAGCUGAGAGACGAGUUCGAGCGCUACAAGCUGCGAGCGCAGGUCGUCCUGAAGAACAAGAACGCCAGAGACGGCUGCCAGGCCCGCGAGCUGGAGGAGGUCCGGGACCAGCUGGCGGAGCUGAAGGAGAAAUACAUCAACCUGCGGAUCCAGAGCGACGAGGCCGAGGCCGAGCAGCGCCGCCGGCUGGAGGAGCGGACGCAGCGGGCGGCGGAGCUGCAGCAGAGCCACAGACAGGAAGCGGAGCGCGUGGCGGCGCUGCACCGCGAGGAGCUGCUGCGCCUGGAGGCGGAGCUCCACAAGCAGCGGGAGCGGACCAUGGCCCUGCUGGACGAGAAAGACCAGGAGCUGGAGCGCCUGCGGGCCGCCGCGCCGACCCCCGACGCUCCGCGCUGCGCCGCCGAGGCCUCGGAAGACGACGGCGCCGCCGCGGAGAGCGAAGGCGACAUGGUCAGCCGGGCGCUGCGGCAGGCGGCGCACGCCGAGCCGACGCUGCUGCUGUACGCGGAGCAGCUGGCCCGGAAGGAGGCGGAGGCCGGCGCGCUGCGGCGCCACAAGCACCAGCUGGAGGAGGACGUGCACCAGCUGCAGGCCAAACUCAUCGCCAACGCCGAGCGCCACGACGAGGAGGCGGCCGAGCUGCGAGCCGGACUCGACAAACUGAUGCGAGACCAGAACCGCGAAGGCGCCAACAUGGAGUACCUGAAGAACGUGGUCUACAGGUUCCUCACGCUGCCGGACGCCGGCGGCAGGCAGCAGACGCUCGGCGCCAUCCUCACCAUCCUCCACUUCAGCCCGCAGGAGAAGCUCGCCGUCGGCCGGCUGCAGGGCGCCACCUGGUGGUCGCCUAGCAACAGAUAACACCUGAGACUCAGACAGGAAGUGACGCUUUGACUUCAGAGUAAAAGAUGAAUAUUUAACCAUAUGUAUAUUUUUGAUUCUUGUUGAAAU